GUUCGCUGACUAAAAUUACGCAAACCAGAGACCAGCCAGUGGAAGAGGGAGGGAAAAAGGAAGAGGGGGGGAGAGAGAGAGAAAAAAAAAGAUAGAAAGAGCGACUGACUGAAGUGGAGGAAGCGAGCUCUGUAGUUUAGCCUGAACUCUUCGAAGCUGCUGCCGACAGGAAGAUAAGUUUGUCUCACUGCGACGCUGACUGAGCCACACGGUUGUUGUUAGCCACCUUCUUAAAAAAGGCAGCCUGCACCCCAAAAGCAGCAACCAUGUCGGAUGCAGACAAGUUUCUGUACGUGGACCGUAAUGUGGUCAACAACCCACUGGCACAAGCUGACUGGGCUACCAAGAAGCUGGUAUGGGUGCCCUCGGAGCGCCUGGGGUUCGAGGCCGGCUCCAUCAAGGAGGAGCACGGCGACGAGUGCGUUGUGGAGCUGGCAGACUCUGGAAAGAAGAUCCGAGUGAACAAGGAUGACAUCCAGAAGAUGAACCCCCCGAAGUUCAGCAAGGUCGAGGACAUGGCCGAGCUCACGUGUCUGAAUGAAGCAUCCGUGCUGCAUAACCUGAAAGAGAGAUAUUACUCUGGUCUUAUAUAUACAUACUCUGGCCUCUUCUGUGUCGUCAUAAACCCCUACAAGAACCUGCCCAUCUACUCAGAGGAGAUCGUUGACAUGUACAAGGGCAAAAAGAGGCACGAAAUGCCACCCCACAUCUACGCCAUCACUGACACGGCUUACAGAAGCAUGAUGCAGGGUAAGACACGAUCCCAGCUGCCUGUCGAGAUGAAAAAGAUGUGGUGGCGACGUGCUAUCAUGAAAAUAUAUUUUGUUUGCUGUUAAAUGU